UGUGCGGCGGCCGCCGGCGGGGCGCGCUCCCGCUCCGCGCCGCUCCCCCCGCACGCACAUUGUCCGGGCGGCGGCGGCGCAGCGCCCCGGUGCCCGGUGCCAAUGCGGGGCGGGCGCGGCACGCCGGGGGCGCCUCCACCACCGCGGUGGAAACUUCACCUCGCCGCCGGGCCCACGCGCGGCUGAAGCGAAGCCCCCGGCGGGGCCGGGCCGGGUGGGGAGGAGCGGAGCGGCGGGGCGGGUUCGCCCGCCUGGGGGGCGCCUCGUCUUGUUUGAUUUUCGUCUGUUGGAAGAAAAAAAAACCCAAACAAACACCCACACCCCUCCUCCAAUAAUAUUAUUAUCCUGCUUUAAACUUACUCCCUUCUCCAGGACGCGCAUCCCGCCUUGGCGGGGUGGACGAGCCGGUGGUGGUGCUCCUGGAAGUCCUGAGCUGGGGUCGGCUGGAAGAUGACUGAAUAUAAGCUGGUGGUGGUGGGAGCUGGUGGUGUCGGGAAGAGUGCUUUGACGAUACAGCUCAUUCAGAACCAUUUCGUUGAUGAGUAUGACCCCACGAUAGAGGAUUCCUACAGAAAGCAAGUCGUCAUCGAUGGAGAGACCUGCUUGUUAGACAUCUUGGAUACCGCAGGGCAGGAAGAGUACAGUGCCAUGAGAGACCAGUACAUGAGAACGGGGGAAGGAUUCCUCUGCGUCUUCGCCAUCAAUAACACCAAGUCCUUUGAAGACAUUCACCAGUACAGGGAGCAGAUCAAGAGGGUGAAAGACUCAGAUGAUGUUCCCAUGGUGCUGGUGGGAAAUAAAUGUGACCUGCCAGCCCGGACAGUGGAGACCCGGCAAGCGCAGGACCUGGCCCGGAGUUACGGGAUCCCCUACAUAGAAACCUCUGCCAAAACCAGACAGGGCGUUGAAGAUGCCUUCUACACCUUGGUGCGGGAGAUCCGGCAGCACAAGCUGCGCAAACUGAAUCCCCCAGACGAGAGCGGCCCCGGCUGCAUGAACUGUAAAUGUGUGAUAUCGUGACUGCGCUGACUGGACUGCGUCUUGGAGAGGUUCCCACUGUGCCGAGCGCAAGGAAAGAGGUGAAGCGAAGGAAGAAGCAAGUGGAUUCAGGGGAGGAGUACAGGGGGAGGGGGAGAGGAAGAGGAGGAGGAAGAGGACAGGGGGAGCAUGAGCCCCUCCAAGGACUAUCUCGCACUUCACCCAAGCCUGCGGCAAACGACGUUUUUUCUUUUCCUAUCCCCUCCUCCUUUGGCCUCCUCCCACCCCGGCAACUGUACAAAGCCACAGAUUGAAUCACAGUAAAUUAUUAUUUGAUGGUCUCAACAAA